UCUUCUCGCUCCUCUCAUCCUGCUUUUCUUUGCUUUCAUUUAUUUCCUGGCUCGUCUUCAUCCUUUGGAGUUUGGAACGCGUGAGAUGCGCACCGGGAGCAGUACUUCAUCCCAGUCCUCUUAAAUCUUGAUUUUGGAUUAUAAUGUCUCCAAAAGUUUCCCAAAUUGUGUUGUGUGACUAAAAUACAUCGGACUAUAUUACAUUUCUGCAGCGAAUGGCAUGAUGUUGCGGAAUGCUUUGUUGUUUUGGCUUACAAUAUGUAUAAUAUACUACGCGUCAGGCUACUCUGGCGCUUCCGUUGCGUUCAGCGCGUUCUCUCCACCUGCGAACGCGUCGCUCCGCACACCUGCCAACCGGAGCGCCGGUCUCGUGCGGGAUGUGGACCGAAUAUAUUACGGCGGAGGAAAAGCCGGUUAUCUUGUUUACAUGGAUGAGCAGCGCUUUCAGCUGGAUAUGGAGCGGGAUGAGUCGAUAUUGUCUCGUCACGUCAGUGCGCGACCGCGCAGGGAAUGCGUUUACCGCGGCACCGUGAAUUCAAACGCGGAGUCCCUGGCGGUUUUUAAUCUGUGUGGCGGCGGACUUGAUGGAUAUUUCGCCGUCGAUCACGCGCGUUACACUAUCACGCCGCUCAUUCGAGCGAAAGGUCACGAGAGUGACGCGCACAUAGUCGAGAACGCCGACGCGACGCGCGCGCUCCACUAUUACACCCGUGAGAGCUUCAGUUUCGAAGCGAUGCCCGCGCGUCACAGCUGCGGCACGCGUGACAGAAAAAGACGCAAACGCAAGCGGAACGGUAGAGGGAAAAGCCUCCGUCAGGAUUUUAUUGAGUUGGAUGAGAGCGCGCGCGGGAGGAGAUGGUGGACAAAGUUUACGAAGCCGAUGACGCGACGCAAGAGGUCCGUGUCUCGCGCACGGCACGUGGAGCUGCUGCUGGUCGCGGACGACUCUAUGGUGAAGAAAUACGGAAAGGACCUGCAUCACUACCUGUUGACGCUCGCGUCCAUCGCGUCCAAACUCUACGGCCACGCCAGCAUCGAAAACCCCAUCCGUUUGUCGGUGGUGAAAGUCGCAAUUCUGACAGAGUACGAGAAGGGGAUCGACGUGUCCAAAAACGCCGCCGCGACGCUCAGGAGUUUCUGUAAGUGGCAGAAUCAGCAGAAUCCGUUAGAUGACGAUCACCAGCAUCACCAUGACGCGGCCAUUCUCUUCACCAGGCAGGAUCUGUGCGGGCAUCACUCAUGUGACACUCUUGGCAUGGCAGACGUGGGUACUGUGUGUUCUCCAGAGAGAAGCUGCGCGAUCAUUGAAGACGACGGUCUACACGCAGCAUUUACUGUGGCGCAUGAGAUCGGGCAUCUGCUGGGUUUGUCUCAUGACGAUUCAAAGUUCUGUGAAGAACGCUUUGGCUCCUCUGAAGAGAAACGUCUCAUGUCAUCUAUACUGACCUCUAUUGACGCUUCUAAACCCUGGAGUCGCUGUACGUCUACUACGAUCACUGACUUCUUUGAUGACGGCCACGCUGAGUGUCUGUUGGACACGCCUCGUCAGCCUCUUCUCGGUCCAGAAGAGUUGCCGGGUCAGAGUUAUGAUGCCGUACAGCAGUGCCGUUUAGCAUUCGGCCCGGAGUACACCAUGUGCCCAGGCAUGGACGUGUGUGCCCGUCUGUGGUGUUCAGUCAUCAGGAAGGGGCAGAUGGUUUGUCUGACGAAGAAACUGCCCGCUGUAGAGGGCACACCGUGCAGCAGCGGCCGGAUCUGUCUACAGGGGAAGUGUGUGGACAAAACCCGCAAGAGACAUUACUCGACGUCUAAUCACGGCAGCUGGAGCUCUUGGGGUCCGUGGGGUUCGUGUUCACGUACGUGUGGUGGCGGCGUGCAGUUUGCACAUCGUUUGUGCAACAAUCCCCCUCCUCGCAACAACGGCCGUUACUGCACUGGAAAGAGAGCGGUCUACCGGUCGUGUAAUGUCAUGCCAUGUCCUUCAUCAAGUAAGAGUUUUAGACAGGAACAGUGUGAAGUUCGGAACGGCCCCCAGACCGACCCGAAAGGAGUGAAGACGUUUGUGGAAUGGGUGCCCAAAUUUGCCGGCGUGCUUCCUAAAGAUGUGUGCAAACUGACCUGCAGGGCGAAAGGAACGGGAUACUAUAUAUUGUUCUCACAGCGGGUGAUUGAUGGGACAGAAUGCAGACCGUACAGCAGUUCAGUGUGUGUGAAAGGGAAGUGUGUUCGCACCGGAUGUGAUGGAAUUAUCGGCUCUAAACUUCAAUAUGACAAGUGCGGCAUCUGCGGGGGGGACGGGAACACCUGUGUCAAAGUGGCUGGAAAUUUCACCAAGAAGAGUAAGGGCUACACUGAUGUCGUGAAGGUCCCAGAGGGCUCGACACACCUCAAGGUACGACAGUACAAACCCAAAGGCCAGACAAGUUACACGGCUUACCUCUCUCUGCGCCGCCCUGGUGGAGAAUACCUUCUGAAUGGCAAGUUCAUGAUCCUUACCUCUGAGACCAUUAUCCCCCUCAAUGGAUCCGUCCUCAACUACAGCGGGUGGAGUCAGCGAGAUGACGCCCUUCACAGCAUGGGCCCUGGAGCUCUACAAGAGAGUCUGGUGGUGCAGAUUCUGGCCACAGACUCUAAGAAGCCGCUAGACAUCCGCUACAGUUUCUUCAUGCCGCGUAAAAUUCCGCUUCCACCUCGGACGUCUCUCGUGUCCUCAGCCACCGCUGAGGCGUUGUCGUCACCAGAGGUCUUGAUGUUUACUACCGAGGUUCCUUUGACGACACAGCCUCCAACAACGAUGUCCGCGGGCCCGCGUUGGGUGACAGGAUCGUGGAUGACAUGCUCCAGAACUUGUAAUACGGGUUGGCAGAGUCGCACAGUGCAAUGCAAGGACCGGCAUGGAAAGCUGGCGAAGGGUUGCCUGCUCACUGCUAGACCCUCAGCGUUCAAACACUGCCUGAUUAAAAAGUGUUGAGGAUCUCUCAAUAAAAAGGAAGUACCUUGUUCCUUGUCGACCAUGUCGAGUGUCCAGCUGAGACACGGUCUUGAUGAAGCACAUGGACGCUUACAUGACUGACCUGUCACAGCUCCCAUUAGACUUGGAGUUGUUUUUAUAAAUGCUGUUCCUUGCUCUAAACACAUUCACUGGGGAGUUCAGCUAGUAUUCAGAAUUGUGACUUGGACGCGAAUUUACGGCUCUUGCCUCAAAUGUGGCAAAAUGACCUGCAAACUGUUCACUCGAUGCAGCUAAGCCCCUUUUGGCUAAGCCACGGCCAAUUUUCUCAUGACACUCCCAGUAGCAGUCAUUCCACUUACGGGUCCAGUGCAAAGCUAGGAAAAUUUGACAAAACCAUACCCCUUAACACAGCCUACUUAAUGGUCCACAACCCUUUAAUUGCUGCAGAUCGCUGUACUUUUGAUUGAUAUCAUGCAUUCAAACAGAGUUUCUAACUGUAUCAGACCAUCAAUUUCACGAGCAGCACUGUCUGCACUCCCACUGGUUGUUAUCAUUUUUACAUCGCUGCUCAUUAGCGUAAAGUUAAAUUGAGCUCAACUUUGUCGCAUCACCAAAAGACUUCUCAUCAUAUUGUUGCAGCAAAUCGGUAUCAAUGUGAAUGUCCUAUCAAGGGUCCAAAACCCUACUUAGAGUCCAGUGCAUUUCUAAGAUCUUCCAUUCCAAAAGAACCUUUGACUUCAAUGAAAGGGUCAUGUGGAAUGCUGAUCUUCUCGGGUUAACCUUCCAGGAAUCACUCAGUAAUUGCCUUCAGAAAAGUCAGUACGCUUACCGCAUCCGUGAAUACGACUGAAUGUCUGUUCCUUUCUCAGUUUCAGGGUUUUGAGUGGUAGUUUCAGCCUUUUGUGGACAAAUGAUGUUGAUGACAUUGCUAAUGUAUGUAUGUACUGUAUAUAUAUAUAUGUUCCACUAUUGUUAAUGUCUGUUUGAGUCUUAGAUCUAGGGUAUACUUUUUUUCCACAUGCUGUUCCGUCUCGUGCAUGGUCGAGCGCUCAGUCUGUCAAAGUAUCCUCUUUUAACGGUGAGCAUGUACGAACGCAUUCGCCACAUGCACACUACAACGUGAAACUCUUUUGCGCAGUCAGCUCCAGGUGCAUGCGCGAGACGUAACGGCACGAGGACAUCCGAAGUACACUUUGCCUUCAAACUCCACCAAUGAAUUGAUCUUCCUCUCUAUGUUAAAAAAGACACACUGUUGCAUUCAUAAAUUCACACACCCCUUGCAGUAUCUAGAGUUUAGUAUUUUUAGUAUUACAAAUCGUAAAAGUCGUCUUUUGUUUAUUAGGUACUAUUUCUGAAGAAGCUGCAUAACGGAUAUCUAAGUAUAUUCUACAAAAAUACUGGGUCUUUUCCAAAACCUAGUAAAUUGCGUCCAGUUGUAGCAUUUUAAGACAUCAUAGGCGCGCUCCCGACCCAAAGGCUGUUUUAAAAGGUAGGCAAGGUAGAUACUUCAUUUUGGCCGAAUUCUAAGGUAGCGCCAUACAAUGAUGAGCCAAAAUAUUAUGACCACCUGCCUAAUAUGCUUAUAGUCCUCUGCGUGCCGCCGAGGCAGGGACUCAACAAGACCUCUGAAGGUGUCCUAUGGUAUCUGGCACCAAGACAUUAGCAGCAGAUCCUUCAAGUAAGUUGUGAGGUGGACCCGCCAUGCACUUGUUGGUCCAGAGCAUUCCACAGAUGCUCAAUCAGAUUGAGAUCUGGGGAAUUUGGAGGCCAGGGCAACACCUUGAACUCUUCAUCAUGUUCCUCAAACCAUUCCAGAACAAUGUGUGCAGUGUGGAAGGGAACAUUAUCCUGCUGAAAGAGGCCACUGCCAUCAGGGAAUGCCAUUGUCAUGAAGGGGUGUACCUGGUCUGCAACGAUGUUUAGGUAGGUGGCAUGUGUCAAAUUGACAUCCACAUGAAUGGCCUUGACGGCAAGCCUUGGGCACCUAACACCCUGACGCCGGUUUGUGGUUUGUCCCUCCUCGGACCACUGACGGUAUGUACUCACCACUGCUGACCGGGAGCACCCUACAAGCCUUGUCAUUUUAGAGAUGCUCUGACCCAGUUGUCUGGCCAUAACAAUUUGGCCCUUGUCAAAGUCGCUCAGGUCUUUACUCCUGCCCAUUUCUCCUGCAUUCAACAUGUUGACUACGAGAACUGAUUGUUCACUAACCAUCUAAUCUACCCAGACCUUAACAUGUGGCCUUGUUAGGAGAUGAUCAACGUUAUUCGCAUCACCUCUGAGUGGUCAUAAUGUUUUGGCUCAUCUGUGUAUGUAUCCUUCCCAGGGUAGACAAUACCAAAAUGCAUUGUGUUGAGCUCAGUGGAAAAAAUCCAAGAUGGCGGACGAAGUGAGAGAAAUUUUGAUUAUGAAUAUACAUGUAAUCUAUUCAAUACUAAAAAGUAUCAAUAAAAAAUAGCUUAAAAUUAUAGAAAACUCUCACUCAAAAUGUUUGUGUGCUACCUGUAUAUUUAUGGUCAUUUGAGUAUCACGUUGUUCCUCUUGCGUCACCUGCAUUGAAAUCCAUUGCGAGUCGAGUCUCCUGUGCCAUAUGAAUGAUGCGCAGAGUUGCUGCCUGUUCCAAAUUGAUCUCUUUUGAGGCUCCAUUUCAGUUAGCAUGCUGCCAUAGAAGACAGCUGCCUAUGUAGGCAGGAGACAGAGAGGCAGCUCACUAGGUUUUGGAACAGACCCAGAAUUAUGACUGAAGUUGCCCAACUUAUCCUGUUGAAAAAUGUACGGACUCUUGGUUCUUAAUAUUUUGUGUUGCCUCCUUGAGCAUCAAUGACUGUUUAGGAGCAUUUUGUGAUAAUUGUCCAGAGUGACAAAGCUGGAUCUCAACAUCAUUGGAGGGUAGAGUCACAUGGGGUAACCUCCUCGUGGUCGUGAUUAGUGGUUCUCGCUCUCAAUGGGGCGUGUGGUAAGUUGUGCGUGGAUCGUGGAGAGUAGCAUGAGCCUCCACAUACUGUGAGUCUCCGCGGUGUCAUGCACGAUGAGUCACGUGAUAAGAUGCGCGGAUUGACGGUCUCAGAAGCAGAGGCAACUAAGACUUGUCCUCCGCCACCCGGAUUGAGGUGAGUAACCACGCCAUCACGAGGACCUACUAAGUAGUGGGAAUUGGGCAUUCCAAAAAUUGGGAGAAAAGGGAGAUAAACUAAUAAAAAUUAAAAAUAAGGAAAACCUUAUUUGUCAACGACCCUCAUGUAAAUAUCAGUUAGGUCAAAUAGCUUCAUCUAGGCAGUACUAAAUACUAAAUAAAAAACAAAAGCAUUUUUUAUAAUCACAGUUAUUAAAAAAAGAAACUUUUUGCAGAUUCUUAUGAGCAGAACUGUAAAAAACUAUGAUUUUAAAUGUAUGUAUAAGUCAUGACUAUACGUCAUUUAUCUGUUUAGAAUGACGAUGUGUGCCCUGGACAUGCAAGAACACCAGCCAAUCAUACGCUCCGUUUAAAAUCAUUUGACACACUUCAGUUUAAUCUUCACUUCAUGUCUGAAACAUUGAAGGAUGCUCAAUCAAAUACAUGUGAUAUAUGUUCAAACGCACAGGUUCAGUUUAUGACCAGCAGCUCAGUUGAAGCUGUUGAUUCAUUUCAGCACAGAUCCAUUUCAUUUUUUUGUAUUUUAGUGAACUGUUUUCACAGUUUCACGUCAUGUAUGCAGUACUGUCUCAAUGGGAAAUGGCUGUUUCACUGAAAAUACAGAGCACUGAUUUUAUAAUUUAUUAUUUGUACAACUGGUAUGUGAAGAAAAGAAAACACAUAAUGAAUUAUUUAUUGUAAUGGUCAUUUUGUCUCAUAAUUACUAUUUAACGAGGAGUAUGACUGAACAGAAUAGUUUCAUUUGAAGAAAAUUGUUUUUUUCUAGCCAUCUUCAUGACUAUAUAUACAGUAUAUGUAUAUAAAACAAAUCGUUAUA